GAACGCGAUCUGAAGCGCGCUCGCGUUUGAAGGCGGUGCGGUGCGAAAACAAGCAGGAGGCAGUGCUGAGACAAGCCGAGCGGAGUGUACCUCCACAUCACAAGAUCACAUUUGAGAGCGGAAAUUUCACGCCCUGUCGGGUCGUGUCACCACGGGAGAGACCCGAAAACAUUUGCAGGCAAAACAAGAGGAUGCAGCGUGAGCUCAGCUGGUGACUGGUCUGCAGGCGCUCUGCUUCUCUUGACAUUGGAGUGAGCCACAUUUUGGGGUGCUCUUAUCUGAACUUCUCCCAGAGCCCCUCAGUGGAGUGCAGGGCGUGUGUUCAGUCGAGUUGCUCAGAUCAGCGCAGCUCAUCUCCAGAGUGAGAAGAGCAAAGUAGCUGCACAAGAUUCACCUCUGUCACCUGCUCUCCCCUGGCCCCGCCCCAACCACCCCUUCACCAUGGUGCUGUCCCAAAGGCAAAGAGAUGAACUAAAUCGUGCAAUAGCGGACUAUCUUCGUUCCAAUGGAUAUGAAGAGGCGUAUUCCAACUUCAAAAAAGAAGCUGAAUUAGAUGUGAAUGAAGAGUUGGACAAGAAGUAUGCAGGUCUUUUAGAGAAAAAAUGGACCUCUGUCAUCAGGUUACAGAAAAAGGUUAUGGAACUCGAAUCAAAGUUAAAUGAUGUUAAAGAUGACAUACAUUUUGGCGGACCGGUCAGUCAGAAGCGCGACCCCAAAGAGUGGAUCCCCCGACCUCCAGAGAAGUAUUCUUUGAGUGGGCACCGGAGCCCUGUCACCCGGGUCAUAUUCCAUCCAGUCUUCAGUGUCAUGGUGUCAGCCUCUGAGGAUGCUACCAUAAAGGUUUGGGACUAUGAGACAGGAGACUUUGAACGCACACUGAAGGGUCAUACCGACUCGGUACAGGACAUCUCUUUUGACCAAACUGGCAAACUGCUUGCCUCCUGCUCUGCUGAUAUGACUAUCAAGCUGUGGGAUUUCCAAGUCUUUGAGUGCAUAAGGACCAUGCAUGGACAUGAUCACAAUGUUUCAUCAGUUGCCAUCAUGCCCAAUGGAGAUCACAUUGUCUCUGCUUCAAGGGACAAAACUAUAAAAAUGUGGGAGGUCGCCACUGGUUAUUCUGUAAAGACCUUCACUGGUCACAGGGAGUGGGUUCGUAUGGUGCGACCAAACCAGGAUGGGACAUUAAUUGCCAGCUGCUCCAAUGACCAAACAGUGCGUGUGUGGGUUGUGGCCACCAAGGAGUGCAAAGCAGAGCUGCGGGAACAUGAGCAUGUAGUGGAGUGCAUUUCAUGGGCUCCAGAAAGCGCUUAUCCCAAUAUCCAGGAUGCCACCGGGUCAGAGAAUAAGAAAAGUGGCAAGCCAGGCCCUUUCCUAUUGUCUGGCUCCAGAGAUAAAACUAUUAAGAUGUGGGAUAUUAGCACCAGUAUGUGCCUUAUGACUCUGGUUGGCCAUGACAACUGGGUACGUGGUGUCCUUUUCCAUCCAGGUGGCAAAUUUAUAGUGAGUUGUGCAGAUGACAAAACUUUGAGGAUUUGGGACUACAAAAACAAGCGCUGCAUGAAAACCUUGGGUGCUCAUGAACACUUUGUUACCUCUAUGGAUUUCCACAAGGCUGCUCCAUAUGUUGCCACUGGCAGCGUAGAUCAAACGGUAAAAGUGUGGGAGUGUCGUUGACAUGGACCUUAGAGGGUUGGACCAUCUCCCGCAGACGUUCCACUGGAUACUGAUGAAUUCCACCCUACCUGUCCAUGUAACCCAAACUCCUGCACAUCUCUGCAGCUGCACUUAACCACCAUGGUUAUUUACCCAUCGUGCUCUCUGGUCCAGUAACUUUUGUCUUUCUGUGUAAAAUAUUCCUGGAUGUAGAAGAGCUAUUAAAUGUUACACAAAAAGUA